AUGCAAGCUCCUGUUGUGGUUAUGAACACCAAUGCCGGUGGUGACAGGCAGACCGGAAGAAGAGCUCAGCUCUCCAACAUCGCCGCCGCCAAGACAGUUGCCGACAUUAUUCGAUCAUGUCUCGGUCCCAAGGCCAUGCUUAAGAUGCUGCUCGACCCCAUGGGCGGCAUCGUCCUCACCAACGACGGCCACGCUAUCCUCCGCGAGAUCGAGGUCUCCCACCCGGCCGCCAAGAGCAUGAUUGAGCUCAGCCGCACACAAGACGAGGAAGUCGGCGACGGCACCACGACCGUCAUUAUCCUCGCUGGUGAAAUCCUGGCCCAGGCCCUCCCCCAGCUUGAGCGCAACAUCCACCCCGUCGUCAUCAUUUCCGCCUUUAAGCGCGCCCUCCAAGACGCCCUCGAAAUCGUUGAGGAAAUCUCGACCCCGAUCGACGUCCACGACGACGCUGCCAUGGCCAAGCUCAUUUCCUCGUCCAUCGGCACCAAGUUUGUCAGCCGCUGGAUGGACCAGAUGUGCGACCUCGCGCUCAAGGCCGUUCGCACCGUCGCCUGGGAGGCCGGCAACGGCACCACUGAGGUCGACGUCAAGCGCUAUGCGCGCAUCGAAAAGGUUCCCGGUGGCGAGAUUGAGGACAGCCAGGUCCUAGACGGCCUGAUGCUCAACAAGGAUAUCACACACCCCAAGAUGCGCCGGCGCAUUGAGAACCCCCGCAUCGUUCUCCUCGACUGCCCUCUCGAGUACAAGAAGGGCGAGUCCCAGACCAACAUUGAAAUCACCAAGGAGGACGACUGGAACCGCAUUCUGCAGAUUGAGGAGGAGCAGAUCAAGGCCAUCUGCGAUGCCAUCAUUGCCGUCAAGCCGGAUCUCGUCAUUACUGAGAAGGGUGUUUCUGACCUCGCCCAGCACUACUUCAUGAAGGCCAACAUCACAGCUCUCCGCAGAGUCCGCAAGACGGACAACAACAGAAUAGCCCGUGCUACCGGUGCCACCAUUGUCAACCGCGUCGAGGACCUUGUCGACUCGGAUGUCGGCACAAAGUGUGGUCUUUUCGAGAUUGAGAAGAUCGGCGACGAGUACUUUACCUUCUUGACCAAGUGCAAGGACCCCAAGGCCUGCACCGUCCUUCUCCGCGGCCCAUCCAAGGACGUACUUAACGAGAUUGAACGCAACCUCCAGGACGCCAUGGGCGUUGCCCGCAACGUCAUGUUCCACCCCCGCCUCUCGCCCGGCGGCGGUGCCACCGAGAUGGCCGUCUCUGUGCGUCUGAACCAGCGCGCCAAGGCGAUUGAGGGUGUCCAGCAGUGGCCGUACAAAGCGGUUGCUGAUGCGCUCGAAGUCAUUCCCAGAACCCUUGUCCAGAACGCCGGCAAGAGCCCGGUCCGCGUGCUGACGGACCUGCGUGCCAAGCAAGCCGAUGGCAAGAGCUCGUGGGGCGUCAACGGCGACAGCGGUUCGAUAGUGGACAUGAAGGAGUAUGGCGUGUGGGAGCCCCAGGCCAUCAAGCUGCAGAGCAUUAAGACUGCCGUCGAGGCUGCUUGCUUGCUUUUGAGAGUCGACGACAUUUGCAGCGCCAAGAAGCUGCAAGGCGGUGCUCCCGGAGUUGGUGGCGGUGGUGGUGACGAGUAA